GUUAUGGAGCUGGGUCUGUCUCCACCUCAUCUCAGCAGCUCCCCAGAAGAUCUGUACCUGACCCCUGGGACCCCUCCUGGGACUCCCCCGCCUCCCGAUGCCCCUCUGCCUGGGGAGGUGAAGAGGUCCCAGCCUCUGCCCAUUCCAACCAGCAGGAAUCUUCUUCGAGAGGAGGAGCUGCGGACAAGCUCUCUACCCUCCAUCCCCAACCCCUUCCCUGAGCUCUGCAGUCCUCCUUCACAGACCCCCAUUCUUGGGGGGCCCUCCAGUGCAAGGGGGCUGCUCCCUCGAGAUGCCAGCCGCCCCCAUGUAGUAAAGGUGUACAGUGAAGAUGGGGCUUGCCGGUCUGUGGAGGUGGCGGCAGGUGCCACGGCUCGCUACGUGUGUGAAAUGCUGGUGCAGCGGGCUCACGCCCUGAGCGAUGAAAACUGGGGGCUGGUGGAGUGCCACCCCCAUCUGGCGCUGGAGCGGGGCUUGGAGGACCACGAGUCAGUGGUGGAAGUGCAGGCUGCCUGGCCCAUUGGUGGAGACAGCCGCUUUGUCUUCCGGAAGAACUUCGCCAAGUAUGAACUGUUCAAGAGCUCCCCACACUCCCUGUUCCCGGAAAAGAUGGUCUCCAGCUGUCUGGAUGCACACACAGGCAUAUCCCAUGAAGACCUCAUCCAGAACUUCCUGAAUGCAGGCAGCUUCCCAGAGAUCCAGGGCUUCCUGCAGCUUCGAGGGUCAGGACGGAAGCUUUGGAAACGCUUCUUCUGCUUCCUGCGCCGGUCUGGCCUCUAUUACUCCACCAAGGGCACCUCCAAGGAUCCAAGGCACCUGCAGUAUGUAGCAGAUGUGAACGAGUCCAACGUGUACGUGGUGACCCAGGGCCGCAAGCUCUAUGGGAUGCCCACGGACUUCGGCUUCUGUAUCAAGCCAAAUAAGCUUCGAAAUGGCCACAAGGGGCUUCGGGUCUUCUGCAGCGAGGAUGAGCAGAGUCGCACCUGCUGGUUAGCAGCUUUCCGCCUCUUCAAGUAUGGGGUGCAGCUGUAUAAGAAUUAUCAGCAGGCACAGUCUCGCCACCUGCGUCCGUCCUGUGUGGGUUCCCCACCUUUGAGGAGCGUCUCUGAUAACACCCUGGUGGCCAUGGACUUCUCUGGCCAUGCUGGGCGUGUCAUCGAGAACCCCCGGGAAGCUCUGAGUGCAGCCCUGGAGGAGGCCCAGGCCUGGAGGAAGAACCAUCGUCUCAGCCUGCCCACCCCAGGCUCAGGCACGAGCCUCAGUGCAGCCAUCCACCGCACCCAACCCUGGUUCCAUGGACGCAUCUCCCGAGAGGAGAGCCAGCGGCUCAUCGGGCAGCAGGGCCUGGUGGACGGCCUGUUCCUUGUUCGAGAGAGUCAACGGAACCCACAAGGCUUUGUCCUCUCUCUGUGCCACCUGCAGAAGGUCAAACAUUAUCUCAUCCUCCCGAGCGAGGAGGAGGGCCGCCUCUACUUCAGCAUGGAUGACGGCCAGACUCGCUUCACGGACCUGCUGCAGCUUGUGCAGUUCCACCAGCUGAACCGUGGCAUCCUGCCAUGCUUGCUGCGCCACUGCUGUACCCGCGUGGCCCUCUGA